AUGAGGGGUCGAAGCAAAUAUGGUAAGCUAGGUGCUCCAAUUUUAUCUGAAGAUCAUGAACUUCCAACUGCUGAAUGGUUUACACAGUUUCUAGAUCACUUUGAUCCAACUGAUGCGCGUGUUUGGCAACAGGUUGGAGAGCACUAUAAGAAAGGUGGUCCAGUAUUUUUGAUGAUAAGUGGUGAAGCUGCAGCAAAUGCUAAAUGGAUGGCAGAAGGUCAAAGGAUCGAAUAUGCUAAGCAAUUUGGAGCGCUAUGUUUUCAAGUGGAACACCGCUUUUAUGGACAAAGUCAUCCUACUUCGGAUCUCGGCGUGAAAAAUUUAAUGUAUCUUUCAUCGCAACAGGCACUUGCAGAUUUGGCUUACUUUAUAGAAUUCAUGAAUAUUAAUUACAAGUUACCAGUUGGUACUAAAUGGAUUGCAUUUGGAGGAUCAUAUGCUGGAUCAUUAGCUGCUUGGUUGCGUAAUAAAUAUCCUCAUUUAGUACACGGGGCUGUUUCUGCUAGUGGUCCUUUAUUAGCAGAAAUUGAUUUUCAGGAAUACUUUGUUGUUGUUGAAAAUGCCCUCAAAGAAUAUUCUGAAGCAUGUGUAAAUGCAAUACUAAAAGCAAACAAACAAUUUCAUAUAAUGUUACAUCGUCCUAUCGGUCAACAAGGAAUAGCUAAAAAAUUUAUUUUAUGUGAUCCAAUCAACGAACAUACCAAACGUAAUGAUAUUUCGAAUUUGUAUGAAACAAUAGCAAGCAUCUUUGCUGGUAUUGUACAGUACAAUAAAGACAAUCGUAAUAAUUCCGCAAUGGCUAAUUUAACUAUCGAUAGUGCCUGCGACAUAUUAACGAACGAAACAUUGGGUAUUGCUAUUGACAGACUUGCAAUUUUGAGCACUAAAAUAUUACAGGCAUCAGAAAAAAAGUGUUUGGAUUAUAUGUAUAAUAAAAUGAUUCAUAAACUUCGGAACAUAACAUGGGCUAGCGAAGAAGCAGAAGGGGGACGUCAAUGGACGUACCAAACGUGUACAGAAUUUGGAUUCUUUCAAACUUCGACAGCACGCGGGGAGACGCGUUCGCGAGGAAGCACGUUAACUGGAGUCGUCAUCAGCAAAUACCAACGCGCAAAGGUUAAGGUCGCUAUUGAGAUGGAAGAGGUUCAAAGCAUGACUAAAAUACAAAUUAAACAGAAUGGAGGUGUUGAAUGUUCCCUGUUGCACCCAUCAUUCACCCCGAAGACGACAUUCGAGCUUGCGCCAUCGUAUGAAACGCCUUCCGGAGAUUAUGGACAAAAUCAUCGGAACUACAUGUUUAAGGAAACCGUAUCGUAUCAGCUGUUAUAG